UUCUCUCCUCUUUCCUCGAAGGCAAGACCGACCGCCCGCUCGCCCUCCCUAGCUCGGCGCUCUCCACCGCCGCUAGGGUUUCCACCGCCGCCGGCGAUGGGCGCCCUUACCGACAGCCGGAAGCGCCUCUCGGCGGACCACUGCCUCUCGGCCGACCACCGCCUCCCCUACCCCUCCUUUCCCCCGCCGUCCCUUACCCCUCCCUCCAAGCGGGCCAAGCUCGCCCCAUUCCCUGAGCUCGAUCCCUCCACCUCCACCGUCCCGCCUAUCCGUCCCUCUCCCCAAAUCAUCCACUCCACCGCCACGGCAUCCGCCUCCUCCACGCCGGGCCCUUCCUCCUCUUGUAUCACCACCGCUUCCACCCCGCUUCCGCAAAGGCGCCGACUCCCUCCGCCGCCGCCAAUCCAGCGCCCGAUCCACGCCCCCCAGCGGAACCUCCGCGUCUUCCGGCUUGGGGGCGCCGCACGGACCCACGCCGCCGGCUACUCGUGGUUCUCCCCGUCAUCACCCCCGCCUCGUUCUCUCGGACUCCAGCAGUUCGUUGAGCUCGUCAAAAGUGUCUCACACCCGGCACCGCCCACUCCCGCUGCCACAACCGAUGCUACGAGGCAGGCGGAGGCGGAGGCGGACGCGGUGCCCCUCGAGGUGAUCACCAUCGAGGAGGAUAAGGAGGUGAGGAAGCAGCAGGACGAGGAGGUGAGGGGGGGCGUGGUAGUGAGAAGGGGGCCAAUAUACAAGGAGCUGUACAAGGCGUCGCAACAGAAGCGGGAUGCCAAGCUCAAGACGCUCGAGUUUGAGGUGCGGCUCGCUGAGGAGGGCCGUCUUGGCCUUGAGCGGCUUGCCGAGGCCCUCCCGCGAAUUACGCCAAAGAAGGAGGAGGUGCCUGAACCUUUUGUUCCUCUUACUGAUGAGGACGAAGAAAUGGUCCGUCAGGCUCUUAAUGGCAAGAACAGCCGUGAGAGGUUAGCAUUACAUGAACCUUCAAAUAUUGUGAUAACGAGGGAGAUCCUGCAGUGCCUGAAUAACAAGGAAUGGCUAAAUGAUGAGGUUAUCAAUUUGUAUCUUGAUCUGCUUAAAGAGAGGGAACUAAGAGAACCUCGCAAGUUCUUAAAAUGUCAUUUCUUCAACACCUUUUUCUACAAGAAGCUGAUUUCAAGUGGGUAUGAUUAUAAAGCUGUUAGAAGAUGGACAACAAAAAGGAAGUUAGGGUACAGUCUAAUUGACUGUGACAAGAUAUUUGUUCCCAUACACAAGGAAGUCCAUUGGUGUUUAGCAGUCAUUAACAUAAGGGACAAAAAGUUUCAGUAUCUCGACUCACUUGGUGGCAUGGACAAGAAGGUCUUGAGUACCUUGGCCAAGUAUAUUGUGGAUGAGGUCAAAGACAAAAGUGGGCAACAGAUGGAUGUGCUCUCAUGGAAGCAUGAAGGUGUCAAAAACCUUCCUUUGCAGGACAAUGGAUGGGACUGCGGCAUGUUCAUGCUGAAAUACAUUGACUUCUACAGCAGAGAUAUGGACCUCAUUUUCGGACAGAAGCAAAUGCAUUACUUCCGCAGGAGGACAGCAAAGGAAAUACUGAGUUUGAGGGCUGAAUAAACCUUGGAGGACAUCAUAGGUCAUUUUGGCUAGGAUCAGAUAUUGGUUGGAAUAUGUACUUAACAAAAGGGCGCAGCGGCUUAAAGGUAUAGCACUGAGUGCAAGGAUUUUGAAAGUUAUCCGGUUGCACAAUGGCACCAUGUGAUGGUCAAGCAAUAAGUUGAAGGGAAUUGUGCAUGAGCAUAGCGGCACCUUUAAGUUUUGCCAAUGAGCCUUUGCGGGACAUAAAUGCGUAGUUUUCUGCUGGCAUUAGAUUGCAAUGAGAUUCCUCGGAGAUAGGGAGGUAUGGGUUAACUUGAAACUAUAUAUAUACCAGUGAUCUUGAGCAUCCUGUGAGCUGUGACCAAGUGAGCAACCACCGGGUUAGGCUGUAUGACCAGCCUCGGUGCAAAGUUUUGUGUAAUCCCUCAAAUCCUUUUCAUUUUAUUAUGUUUUUAUUUAUUCUUUUAAUAGUGCUACUUCCCUGAGCCUGUUACAAGUGUAUCUGGAAUGGCUGAUCCGCUAACUGUAGUUCUAGGCCUUCUUUGGCACAGCUGUAGCUCCUUGUACAGUGCACUGAGGAGCUAGAGCCGGAGCCAGUGAAGUGAAGGGCAUGUUGGGCUGAGCUUUUUCUGCUUGGAAGUUGAUUCUUUAUGAUAAGUGAUUCUCUAACUGAAAUUGAUUA